AUCAAGUUGACAAUUCCGCCCCUCGGACAUUUCGUUCCCACCAGCACGGCAGAACAGGCUAUGGAAAUCACCAUGCGAACUGCUACGCUCAACAAAUCAUGCGACCAGUGCCGCAUUCGGAAGGUUCGGUGCCUCCUACCAAGCGCUCCCACAGACAGCCCGGUAGUGUGUACGAAUUGCCAUAAACGUAAAGAAAUCUGCCAUUUUAGCGUAUUGAAUCGCAGACUGCGGACCAACAGAACAACCCGCUUAACUCCGAGCUCAGCAGACUCGGCUAGUCUUGAACCCACCAGAACGGGAAGGCUCCCCAGUUGUUUAAUUGAUCAUCUUUUACAAGAACGGUCCGCUGAACUAGAACUAUAUGAUGAAUUUUCGGUGCUCAAGGCACAUGACCGACGUGUCACUAGCUCUGGGUUGGCCUUCUUCUCAAACUAUAAAGUGGAGGGCCUGGUCCAGAGAAUAGGCAAUCCGCGGUUACGAGAAUUGGUCAACGAGGUUGAUGGAGCUUUGCGCUUCCGUCUACUGAAGAGGGCUGAUGUACAACUUGCGACAUUGCGCGGGGUGCAGUAUGAAGCUCUCGUUACAUCAGAUGAGGCUGUCGUCUACAUACAAGAAUAUCAUGUUCGGGUUCAUGCCAUGUUUCCAUUCCUUGAUUGGGAAGACUUUCAACGAAAGGCUUUGAGUCCUGACUCAUCGACACUGCUGGAAAAAUGCUCCUCGUUUGCAGCACUUUAUCAUACUGUCUUGGCUCUGGGAUGCCAAUAUCGUGGGAUGGGAUCUUUCGAACCGAAAACAGGUAAAGCAUGGGGGUUGUUCGCCGUGGCACUUGGCCAUCUCCCCGAUAUUCGACGUACAGGCGACUCUCUUACAGCCUUGCAGGCACUGAUUGCAAUGUCGAUAUUCGCAAUGAACGCAUGCUAUCUUCAAGUGAACCACACUUUACUCUCAGAGGCUACUCGACUGGCUCUAAGACUUCGCUACCACAAAUCCGCAAUUGACGAACGGCAAAGUAUUAGCCAACGGACGUUCUGGAUAAUUUUCCAGAUGGAAAAGCAUGAUAGUUUUCAAGCAAGAACGGCCUCCUUGAUAGCAGAUUACGAUGUUGGAUGCCCGAUCCCUUCCGUUCCGGAAUCUAUCUUCGGUACUUAUGACUGGUUCUACUCCUCCAUCCGGUUUGCUCGGUUGCUCUCUAUCGCUUACGAGCUUCUUUUUUCAUUGACGGCUUCAUCAAAGCCCGCGCCGUCGCAGUUGUUGGUUGUCGAUCAAGUCCAGACUAGUCUUGAGCAAUGGCGGCAAUCUGUACCAAUUCAGUUCCGACCGCAAGAAGCGGUACAUAUACCGAGCUUCACGGAUCCUAAGACUAAACAAGCCGCCUUGUCAACACACUAUUACUACUAUCAUCUUUUGAUGGCUUUAGAGCGACUGACAUUGCACCUCGAAGAAGGACGCGGCACUAGACAGCAAACAAGCCAACGUAAGCUCAUGAAAGCGGCUCAAGCUGUGAUUGAGCUUACACGAUUCAUUGAGAUCGAACCAUACACCCCAGUCUUUAUCCUUGCUAUCAUGCCGUUAUCCUCCCUAUUUAUUCUGUUCGACUUUGUCAUUCACAACCCUCGCCACCCUGACACCCGAGCCAAUAUUGUUUUGUUAGAUGUUGUUUCGGGCCACUUCAGCCUUCUUGAACAUACUUCUAACGGACUAUUGCCUGGAAGUCAUCUGAGCGAAUUUGUCUACAUUGCGAAACAGUACUUGCAGAACCUGCCAGAGUCAGCGGCCGAUGGAAUGAGCAUUCACGAAGAGAACAGGGAGGAUUGGUCAGGAAGUAACAACAAUAUGCAAAGGGUUUCCGAUGCUCAGGCCCGCAACAACGAUCUCAACGAGAUGCGCAUAAGAACACCAGAGAACAACAUGAGCAGCGAAACUCUCCAUUCCUCACCGCUCGACCGUUCUGCAGAGUCAACUUCUUUCGGACCCAUGGCCGGAAUGGACUUUGGGUCGCUUUUUAACUGGUCGGUAUCCGACACCGAUGGGUUCAAUGAAUAUACUUUUGAGCAGCUGCUAGAAGACAGCCUCCAUCAAUAAGUCAUCACACCACACCACUACCUCUGCUCACAAUUGAGACCAGGCAGGGAUAAAUACAAUCACACAAGCAAUUUGUUACAAAGUUUCAGUUGCUUUGCUUCUGCUUGCAUCAAGAUCACUCUCAUGAUACUUAAGCAAAGAUGUGUGGCGCUCCCGAACCACAUCGUCUGCUUCUAGGGCUAACAGUGUCCGUGCAAUAUAUAGCCCUUGUAGCAGAGUCAGAUAUCCAUGAGAAACUAUAUCGAGUUUAAAGCCCAAUUCUUAACAGGUCCGAAUGCGUUCUAGCAUUUCUCUAAUGACUAGAAUAUGAUACUAAAAGUGAAUAGCUAUAUUAAUAGCUCAUAUUAAAUAAGGUCUAAAGUAAGAAAUAGC